AGAGCUUUUGCCAGUGUUCUGUGUAAAUAAAGGCGAAGACGAAGCAGAUAUGAGUGAGAAACUUUCUCGUUUGAGAUCAAAAAUGGUAAGUAGGUUGUCAAUCGCCGCAAAGGAAAGAUGGAGGAAGAGAAAAGCCACCAUGGAAGUAUCCCAGGUUGAGUGCAUUUUAAAGGAAGACCAGAAUAUUCAAAUGGCAUCUUUAGCAUCCCAAAAUGAGGUGGCUGAGGGUCUAAGUCCCUCUGCAUUGACAACUGAUAAUGAGCAAAAUAAGGGUUCUCAAUCUGCAGCCUUUAUCUCAAAGAGGAAAGUAUCAAAGGUCAAUAACAUGUUUGUUAGGCGAUCCAAUAGACUUAGAAGUUCCCAGUUGUUUGGGAAAAGGCAAGGGAAGGAAGCUGUUCAGCAUAUUGAUCUUACCGAAUGUGAUAGAGGCAAGGAGCAGCAUGUUGAGCCAAUCAGCCUUAAACCAAUCAGGGGUGCGAGUAGCUCGGAAAUAGAAGUUGACUAUCCGGUCCACACUCAGGCUGAUGGUCCAAAAAACUCUGCAUUGACUAACGCACAAAGUAAACUUUCUCAAGCAUUUUCCUCAAAGAGGAAAGCAUUAAAGGCCAAUAACAUGAUUGUUAGACAACCUGAUCAGCUUAAAAGUUUAGGGUCAUUUGGGGAAAGACAGGGGAGGGAGGGUGUUCAUCACGUUGAUUCUGCUGACUGUGAUAGAGACACGGAGCUGCAUGUAGAGCCAAUUUGUCCUGAACCAAUCAGGAACAUGAGUAGUUCAGAAAUGAUAGUUGACCAUUUGGUCCAGACUAGAGGCAUAAGGCCCUUUGCAAGUGAAACUACGGCAACAAACCUCAACUACAAAAUUCUGUAUACUGACUCAGUGAAAAAGAUUGAGGCCUUGACAGAGAAAAACUAUCAACAAGCCCAGGAAUUAUACUACAUGCUUGGAAAAGUCAAGAUAUAUGAGAAUAUGAUUGCCAAGGAUAUGGUUGCUUUUUCAAAUGGGUGGAGACCAACUGGUGGUGCAACGAACUUAUGUCAUGGAACAGUCCAACAUCAUCCAGAUGCUCCUACUCUAAAUUCUGCCUGCCCACCUAAACCAUCUCCGGUAAAGAGAAAGUACAGCGUUAAGAGGAUGAAGAAAAACUAGUAGGAAGUGUUUGUUAUGACUGCCUUCAACUGACCCCAAAAACAGGUGUAGGCUACAUAUCUUUUGUUAUGUGGUUUUCGUAGAAUGUUAUGUUUGGUGAAACUCUCUUGUUUUGCCCAUGUUUUGUCCUGAGUUUACCUGCAAUCUUGGAUGAAUGUAAAUAUGCACUUUAACUUGGCAGAUGUCUGCUUUGUCCUCCUCCCCGGAAAUGUUAUUACUAAGUACUAUUUACUUGUGACACUGGAACCAGGCAUGUAUUCUUCAGAUGAAAUUAAGUGAUCUU